ACAACACGCAACGAAAUUCUUUCUUCUUUUCUUAAAGUUAAUUUAAGUUUCAUGUUAACAUUUUUUAUAUGUGUCUAUUUAUUUUUCUAUUAACGAAACCGCAUAUAUUUUGUUACGAAAAAAUACGUGAAAGUCGAUAAAAAUCUAAACGAGAACAGACGGGCAACUACGAAAACGUGGAAAAUUUGCGAAAGUUUCUUAUAAUUUAGUUGCCUACAAAUAUUUGUUAGCCGCUUUAAUUAGUGCGUAAAGAUUUCGUUAAAUUUAUUGCAUGUGGUUAUAGAUACAACCUUAUUAAAUUGGUUUGUAUCCUAUAAGUAAAAAAUAAAGUGUAAUACUGUGUCUAUUAAGCCCAUUAAGCAAGCAUUAAUAAUUGUGGCUUUUGAAUUCUGGUGAGGUGUCUAAUAAGUGUACGUGUACACCUAUUAAUAUUAAGUUCUAUACACGUUAAAUUCUACCUAUUCUACGAUAAUAGAAAUACCAAGCGAAGAAAAUAUACAAAUUGUGUAAUUUAUAUGCAAAUGGCUAACGAAACGACAAAAAAGUGCGUGUGAUUGUAUGCGCUAAUGCUGCUCCAAACGGGCAGAAACGUUACACCUUAGUUGGGGACUGAGUGCGAGAGCGCAACAAGUCCAAUUGUGGGUUGAAUGUGCCUAGUAGCCUAACGUGAAAAGCGACCGAUAGCAAACGAAAAACGUCAACUGCGUUACAGUGUGUAAAAGCAACGCGACAAUAAACAAACUCCAGCUGCGACUGUGGCUGCGCGCUCGACGCAGCGAAGUAACGUAGAGCAAAGUGCCCGUGCAAAGCAAUACUAAUUAGUAGAUGAUAAUGCCGCUGAAAUUUUUGAAAAAGUAUCGUCAAUAUAACGUGACAUCGAAGAGCUUGUUUGUCAUCUCAGUGCAUCAUUUAUUAGAAGCUCCUCUAGUCAAACAUAGCCCGUUUAUACCGAUAUUCAUCGACAAAGCGUUAAUAUCAGUUUUGGCUAUGUCUUCUGGUUCGCCGAAUCAAUUGGAUGGCUAUGGUGAGGAGCGCUUCCCCGCAAAAGACACACUGGGCAAUGAUCUGUUGCUCGGUCUAGCUAUUAACGGCAUGGUUGUGAUGGCCGACAAUGGGCGCCAAUAUUUCCCCUGGAAAGAGUCACAAACGGUGUCGAUCGACAAACGUACCAUUAAAAUCGAACAAAACAAAACGGAUGGCUCGAUUGUGGGCUCAUUCAUAUUUCCGGAUGCCGAAACAGCGCGUUACUUUUGGAAAUUGUGCGUAACACAGCAUAAAUUCUUUAAACGCUACAUAGACGAGGAAUCAGCGUCGUCUGUGGGUGAYGCAGAGAGCGCGAACGGCAAUUCGAUGAGCGUAACUGGGGGAGGUGGUGGUGGUGGUGGCGUGUUAGCGGGCGGUAUGGAUGCUUACGCUUAUGGUGACUUUAAUGAUUCACGUGAAGAUUUGCUACUUGAGCAACAACAACGUGCCAUUUACAAUCCCAAUGCGAUAACGAGUGGUGGCGGUAGCGGCACAGUUGGCGCGCUGUCAGCAGUUAAUCCAGAGUUCAUGUCAGCGCCGGCCUUACAUCAUGGUUUGCUYGCCUCCACACACGCGUCCAAUGCGUUAAUGUCAUCGAAUAUAUCGCUAGCGGCYAGUCAUCAGUCUGGCGGCGGCGGUGGCGGUCCGAAUGGCGCUAUACAUUCACAUAGUGUGGGUGCCAUAGCGCCGAGUUGGCUGGCAAAGACACGCUUGCAGCAAAGUAGCUCCUGUCUGGAUCUAAGCAAUAAUAAUGCCAAUAAUAUCGGCGGUGGCGCCGCUUUCCACAGUAGCAGCAAUAAUAUUGUACACGGACAUUUGGGUGGCAGCGUAACGAACAACGGCAGCAAUGUCGCACUGCAUGCCGUGGACGCGCACGAGCGUGAGCGGCUGAAAGCCAUGUUGCCUACAUAUCGGCCAGCACCCGACUAUGAAACUGCAGUGCAGCUGAAGUAUCAUACACCCGCCAGCGAAUUGCAUCAUCCGCAAAUGAACAGUUAUGCCAACUAUCAACCGCAAUUGGCGUCAAGCGCCUCUGCCGUCGCUAUGGCUGGCACGCCGGCCGCUAGUGGCGCCAUCUAUUAUGCCGGCUCACAGCCUGAUGUACACAAUGCGUCCGCAAUUUACGGUGAUGGUGUGCUACUAAGUCAAUUAGCGCCGCACCGCUAUCCUGAUGUAGCGCAACCCGCCGCCGCUAUGCAUGCGCAGCAUCAUCAUCUAACAGCGGCGGGCGUUACAAUGGCGCCUGGUGGUCAUAGUAAUAGUGUGAGUGGUGGUGGCGCUUAUAUUGAUUUGGGACAUCGUCUGCAAAUGGUGCGCAGCAAACCGCCGCCACCGUAUCCGGUCAACCGUUUGAAUUCUUCGUCCACACCCGAUUUGGCGGUCGCUUMACAUCGGCCGCUCAUGGGUUACCGUUCAUAUGUGUCGGGUUCAUCGCCGGAUCUGGUUUCAAAUCGUAAUUUACCCAAUGCACAGUAUCCGUAUGUGCAUAGCAGUAGCGUCGGCGCAGCACAAGCAGUUGGAAGCGUGGCUGCUACCAACCAUGCCUUGAUACAACCGCAUUCCUCGUACAUGGGCGCCGGGCAUAUCGGUCAUUCACAGUCAUAUUUGCCGCAUGGCACUUUCGAAAACUUAAAUAUGAUUGAGGAACAACCAUCCAUACUGUCGCAGCUGCGGCAGGACUAUCUCUUUUUGCCACCCACCUACACAGAACCAAACACAGCCACCAGCAACAGUAACAAUAUUUACCGGCAAACAUCGCCAUCAGUGCAGGCGCAACAUCAAGCGCCACUGCCACAGGUGCCGCAGCCACAAACACAUCAACAGCAGCAGUUGCAAGUGAACRCCUCCAACGCGUCAUUGCAACGCAAUACUUUAAACGGUUCUAUCGAACCAAUUUAUGAGAAUGUGCCACAURCGCGUUAUGUGACUGCAGAGCCWGUAGUGCAGCGUAAUAUGGAGCAACGCUCUUCGGGCUCUUCGGCAACYAGCGAAGCGAUGCGUAAUCGCACAGCUUCAAUACAAUCGGCGCCGGGUGGCACGCAUACGCAGCCGCAGCAACAAAUACCACCAGUGCCUGCAGUGCGACAUCAUCACCAACACCAACAGCAGCAGCAGCAGCAACAACAACAACAGCAGCAGCAGCAAGCGCUUCAACAACAGCAACAAGCGCUUCUGCAGCAGCAGCAGGCGCACGCGCAAGCACAAGCKCAGCAGCAACAAGCCGAAGCGGAAGCGGCAGCCGCGGCUGCACUCAACAUGCAUAAAUAUGCUGAGCGCGCGGCUAGCACUGAACUACAAUUCUUAGAGCCAACGCCACCGCAACGUGCUGUGCGCGCCGCCUCCGCAGCACCGGCCGUUGGUCAUAAUAGCGGCAGCAAUCAUCAACAACAAUCAAUAAUGCAAACACCGCCGCCACGGCAACAUCAUCACGCGCAUAAGACACAGCAGUUAAUGCAGAACGCCGCGUCCGGCUCCCCCUCCGUCACAGAUGCUGGCCGCCGCCACCAUGCAGCACUCUGCGUCGCAUCAUCAACGUCAUCAUCAUCGCUCACACAACUCAUCGCUACUCGACAGCACUGCCAACUCUAGCAACACAACACACAGCUCGAACACAACGAAUUCGUCGAACACCACCGGCAAGGAGGGUAAACGUAAGAAGAUUUGGAAUAUUUUGGGGCGUAGCAAAACGCCGGACAAACAGAAAUCCGCCACGCUCGGACGGGAGAAGGCGUCAUCAUCGAAUGCGGCAAARACAGCGGCGAAAGUUAAACUCGCACAGGACGAUCUGAAUUUGAUGCAUCGCUGGUCGACCGGUGUGUCGCGGYUWCAGCCCAUUUCCGGGCAGUAUUCAAAGGACAAAUUGUGCCCAAUACUCACUGAGAAACUGAAUGAUCCGCAACUGUUCAUGGAAUUUGAAAGUAUACCGAAGCGUUGCGAAAAUGCCAGCUAUGACUGGGCGCUGAUGGAAGAAAACGCGAAAAAAAAUUCCGAUCCUAACUUUUUGCCAUACGAUUAUAAUCGUGUUAGCAUAACGCCGACRUGGGAGAAUAAAACGGGCUAUGUUAAUGCGUCGCGCAUUUCGGCCACAGUUGGCACAAAUCAACGCUUCUACAUAAUUGCUCAAUCGCCACAGGACAAGCUGACCACAAAUAUUUUCUGGCAGUGUGUCUGGGAGGCAGACGUUUAUUUGAUUGUAAAGCUAUCGGAGGGUCUGAAUUACAUGCCACCGAAUAGCAACCAGCGGCUCGAGUUUGAUCAAUUUCAAGUGUAUCAGGAGUUCUCACAAACCACAGAUCGUUGCAUUACCAGCAAGCUGCGUCUCUUUCACAUACCAUCGCGUCGUUAUCGCUCCGUUUGGCAUUUGAACUACACCAAUUGGGGUGAACAGAAUUGUCCAUUGGAGGUGAAUCACUUUUUGGACUUUCUCGAAGAACUGAAUUCCGUGCGCAUGGCUUCGGCAAACGAAGUGCCACCGGGACAUAAUACCAAUCCGCCAGUGUUGAUACAUUGUCUCGAGGGUGGUGGACGCUCGGGCGUAACGUUGACCGCUGAUUUGUUACUCUACACGCUGGAUCAUAAUGAGGAUUUGGAUAUACCACGCGUUAUAGGUCAACUACGUGAUCAGCGCGAUAGCAUCAUACCGUCCUUAGCGCAGUAUAAAUUUAUUUAUAGUCUACUUAUAACAUAUUUAAAGCGUACGCGUUUAAUUUGAGCGCCAAAAUGUGCCUUAUAAACAAAAAACAUAAAAACAAAUCCUCCAAAUCCCAAAAUCCUCACUCCCCACACUUGUGGCCAUUAUUACGAAAUUUAAGCAAUGCUAAAUUGCAUUAGUUUUACAACAACGCGCUAACGAUUUUUUUAAUUUUAACUUACAGUUAGCUUAAGCGACGAUAUUUAUAUUUAUACAAAAGAAAUGAGUAAGCAAAAAAGAGAAACGAAGCAAAAACAAUAAUAAUUUAUAACAGAAUGUGAACGAACAAUUCAAAAUAUGCGAUAAACUAUUGAUUAAGCAACAUUGUAUACAAUACAUUUUUUUUUAUAACCGACAUACAUGAUAUAUAUGGUGCUUCCAUCGAAAAAGUGACUGACCGAUAACACACUAUACACCCCUACAGCCCUAAGACACAUAAAAAAUCUGUAGAUAAGACACUAUACAYCCGUAAAUACGUAAAAAUCUGUUGAUAACGAACCUUUGUUGAAAAUAUUGACAAUUUUGAAAAUCAAUUAUUAGGCCAAAUAGUUUUGAAAAUGCUAAAAAAUAAA